CUUUGCUGGAGUGUGCACUGUACCAGUGAAGUCAAGAUGGCUCAAUUUAGCGACGUGUUCGUGUUUUUCGUAGCUUCUCUUCAUGUUGCUGUCACGCUUAUGAUAUUCACAGAAGUAGACAAAACACAGCCGUUACCGUAUAUGGAUGAAGUUUUCCAUAUUCCUCAGGCACAGAAGUAUUGCAAUGGAUCAUUUGGAGAGUGGGACCCCAAAAUCACCACCUUGCCAGGACUGUACCUGGCGUCUGUGGGCCUUCUGAAACCUGUUGCCGCUCUCCUUGAAAGUAGUCUGACGGAAAUCUGCACUGUGACUGUUCUUCGCUCCCUCAAUGUCUUGUUUGCUGUCGGAUGCCUGUUUGUCAUCUACCACGUACUACGGGUGAUCCACCAACCAAAGAAUCGUACUGAUGAGGUGAAGAUCAUUUUAACUGCUGUGGUGUUGGCAUCUUUUCCUCUCCUUUACUUCUUCGUCUUCCUGUACUACACCGAUGUUGGCUCCACCUUCUUCAUUCUCCUCGCAUACUUCUUCUGUAUCCGUGGCAACCACUUGAUGGCAUCCGUCCUGGCCGUGGAUGCAUUCUUCUUCCGGCAGACAAACAUUGUGUGGGUGGUGUUCAUGGCAGGCACUACGGUAGCUCAAUUAAUGGAUCAGAGUGCCAAGCAGAAGCCCCCUGUAAGUGAGACUGUCUUGGAUGCACUUGUGACUGCGGUUCAAAGAGGACUCAUCUUUAUAGGAUCCCUUACCAACAUCUUCAAGUUGGCAGCACUCGUAUGGCCGUAUGGGUGUGUCACCAUUGGCUUUGUUGCCUUUGUUUACAUAAACAAGGGCAUCGUUGUUGGGGAUCGAAGUAACCAUGAGGCAACCCUAAACCUUCCUCAACUCUUUUACUUUGCAGCUUUCACAGCUGGUUUUUCCUUGCCACUCUCGGUGUCUGUUAGCAAAGUCUGCAGGUUCCUUAAAGGUCUUAUCUAUCAUCCUCUCACAUACCUCAGCAUCACCGCUGCAAUGAUCCUAGCUGUUUACCGCUGUACCUACGUGCAUCCCUUCCUGCUUGCGGACAAUCGUCACAUUGUCUUCUACAUCUGGCAGCGUGUGUUCAUGAGGCACGAGUAUGUCAAGUUUAUUCUUAUUCCUGGUUACAUCUUUGCUGGCUGGUCAAUCCGGGAUUCUCUCUCCCACAAGAGUGAACUCUGGCAGCUUGUCUUCUUCAUUUGCCUCCUUGCAGCUACCAUACCUCAACAGCUGCUGGAGUUUCGUUAUUUCAUCAUUCCAUACCUGAUUUACCGGUUAAACCUAAGCAUGAGGUCAUAUCUCCACAUCAUCACUGAAUUUAUCCUCUACAGUGUGGUCAAUAUUGUUGUGUUGUACCUCUUUCUUCAUAAGCCAUUUUAUUGGCCUAAUAGUCCAGAAGAGCAGAGAUUUCUUUGGUAGACCUAGUUUGAAUGUAAUUUCAUUGUAAUUGGAAGAUACAAAGUAUCCUUUCAAGGUAGUAUUUAACAUUAGAAUGACAUCAUUAAAAGUAAUAUGAGUAAAAUGUAGUUUUUUACAGACAUUCUUUGUGCAUUUGACAAAACGAUGUAGAAAAAGAAUUGUAACAAAUAUUGAAUAUUCAGAAAAAAUUAUAAGGGUAGUCAUUUCGCUAGAAGAAUUAUUAUACAUAUUAAUGUAAACUUAAACCAAUUGUUUAAUAAUGCUAAAUACAUAUAGUUCAAAGUGACUGUAAUUGGGUUACAUGGUCUGUCUACUGGCUUUUGUCAUUAGAAAGUGGAGUUCAGUGCAAUGUUUGUUUCCAUUUUGUUUUCGGUAUUGUUUUUUAUCAGCAUUCCUUUUGUUAUUGCCACUCUAUCUUGCAAGAUUAUAUAGACAAACUAAAACACAUCAUUUACGUAUCAUUGUAAUGGUAAUGGAAGUUAUGGAACAAUAAUAUUAAAUGGAGAUGGUGAAUAUAUAGUAAUUCUGUAAUGUUGUCAUUGAUGCUUGGAUUAUUAAACUGACAGGCAGGCUUGAAGAUAACUUUGAUUUUGAUUUACUGGAAUAAAUGUUAUCAUUAGCCCAUAUUCAGAGCUCUUAAAUACAUUUGAGAGAAAAGUGGUCAAAUACUUGUGGACCCAUGUUGGUAUUAAAUUUGAAUUGAAACGAUUCAAGUUCAUUCC